CACUACUCUCCUCUUCGAAAGCUUAUAUCAUGAGCUGACCAUUAUUUUUCCCUCUUCUUUACGGUAGGAAAAGAGGAUUUUUGGAUUGUGAACUCAUUAUCACCGACGUGCUAAGAUCUGAUAACAUGGGAAAUAAUUAUACUGGAUGCAUUAGGAGCAGGCUUUGUGAUUUUCAACAUUAGAUGCUGUUAAAGAUACAAAAAAGGGGUUUUCUGAAAUAUUAGGAAGUUAGGGAAGGUCUCUUUAAAUGUUUUGUUACUUUUAGUGGACUUCUCUUGUAAUUUUCCCUAACCCUAAUCUCUUAAUAGAGAUUAGGGUCACGUAAUGUAAGAUAACUUUUUGCUGCCUCUCUCUCUCUCUCGUAACAUGGUAUCAGAGCGGGUGUGGGCGUCGACGGCAGAGUGCACUUUCCGGUGACCUUCUCCGGCGAUCACCAUCUUCUCCGACGAACAGCCAAGUGAGUUCGUUCCUUUUUUUUUCUCUCGUUCUCUCCCUUGUCACCGCUACUCCUUAUUCCCUCUUAUCACCCAAUAAGGAGACAGUGAGGGAAUAGGGGUUGGGCGUGCCGUGAGAAGGAGGACUUGAUCACGCCUAUGUGGAAGGCGUGAUCAGAUCCUCAUAUUGGUCGUAUGAAGAGACUAUUGUGGAUGCAGCGUGACGUGUGACGCUGUGGUUUGUGAUGAUCGUAAAUACAGUUUCGGUAAAGUCAAGCUGCGUGAGGUGUUGUGGAUGCUUUGUGGAGUCUAUGUGCUGCUUAUAAAUUCAGGUUUUUGAAUAUGAUCAGAUUUUUUCUAUAGAUCGUGGAUACAAAUUCAGUAAAGAAAGGCUGCGUGAGGACUGUUGCUGAUCCUUAGUACAAGUUUUUGUUUGAUUUCGUGGAUUUCUUUGACACGUGGACAGGAAGUUUUAUGAGAACUAGCUGCUGUUAUAAGUGGCAGCAGUCUUCAGUCGUUGGGAGCAACAGUCUUCAGUCGUUGGGAGUUCAUUCUUGUUUUUGUCAUCGGCUAAAUCAGAUCUGAAGUGACAGUAAUUUCCUAGCCCUCCUUCUUUAAACGUUUGCGUCAAUCUGGUCUUCUUUAUUUACUAUGACUGAAAACAGUAAAUCUGAAGGGUCUACUGACUACAAGAUGGCUGGGAAUUCAUUCUUUUAUGGAACCACGAUGAAACUUAAUGGCUCAAAUUAUGAAAUAUGGUCUAGGGUAUUCAUAAUGUCGGUGGCUGGUCAUAGGAAGAAAUAUAUUCUUGAGGAGGAUGAACCUAUUGAGAAAAAAGGAAUAUAUGUUGCGUGGGAUGAAGAUAAUUAUAUUGUUAUGUCUUGGAUUAUGAAUAGUGUGGAGUCUCAUAUAGCCCCAACUAUUGCAUAUUAUACCAAGGCCAAGGAUAUGUGGUCUUUCUUGAGAAAGACAUACUCGCAUGCCACUAAUGUAAUCAAGAUCCUACAACUAGAAGAGGAGUUAUGCAACAUUCGACAAGGGGAUCAGGACCUAUCUCAAUAUUUUGCUACUUUGACUGCUGCAUAUGAACGGUUAAAGGCUCUUCGCCCACCUUGCCAGCAUUGUUAUGCAUCACACGUUGAGACUGGUAUGGUGGCAAAGUUCUUAUCUGGCCUAUCUUCAGAAUACUCUGUGGCAAAGUCUCAAAUUCUAACAGGCAGUGAACUUCCAGAUUUAGCAGACACGUAUAAUAGGCUGAGUCGCUUUGCAGCCACUCUUUCUCAGACUACGCAUGACAUACCAGUCUCUGCACUUGUGAUAUCAGGAGGACGGGGCCCCAGUUCUUUUGGAGGCACUAGGGGGCGUGGUACAGGCCGUGGUGCUGGACGUGGCAGAUUUCAGUGCUCUUAUUGUGGCAAAAUUGGUCAUCUAGAGGACCGUUGUUGGGACAAACAUCCUCACCUCAGGUCUAAUGUUUCCUCUGGACGUGGUGGAGGUAGAAUCACCACAAGCAGAGGUCCUUCUUCAUCCCAGGCAACUCAUUCAAAGGCAACAAUAUCUAUGGUUGAGUCUUCUACUGAUCCUUCUAUAUCUAUGUCAUAUUCUCUUAACCUAAGUAAGGAUGAAUAUGAUCGUGUUCUUGCUCAGAGGUCUGGCUCUACAUCUGCCUCUACAUCUACCAAUGCUGCUGUUGUAGAUUCAGCAUUCUCUGUUGGUGCUCCUACUGCUGAUCCAGGACUUACCAACUGGGAAGAUGAUUGGUGGCGGCCAUGAGCGUGAGGGCCUUUAUUUUUUGUCAAUCCCAGUUGAUGUUGCUGCAUCUUCAGUCCCUUCCAAGCCUUCUCCCUUCCAAUGGCAUCUCAGAUUGGGUCAUCCUUCCGUACCAAAACUUCGUCGCAUGUUUCCAGACAUUCCUGCAUCAGAGUCCUUCUUAUGUGAUGCCUGCCAGUUGGGCAAGCAUACACGGAGCAGCUUUCCUUCGAGUCAGAGUCCAUCGAGUCAGAGUCCUUUUGAUCUCAUUCAUGUGGAUGUAUGGGGUCCUAGUCGGGUUCCUUUUCGAUCAUGUUUUCGAUAUUAUCUUGUUCUAGUUGAUGAUUUUACUAGAUUCAGUUGGGUUUUCUUGUUAAGGGAAAGAUCUGAAGUCAUAUGUAUUCUUCAAAAAUUUAUCAAGGAAAUAAAAACUCAGUUUGGAUUCAUUGUAAAAAAUAUUCGCACUGAUAAUGCUCUUGAAUUCAAGUCUUCCAUUCUACUUCAGUUUUAUGCCGACCAUGGAAUUCGACCUCAAUAUACUUGUCCACAUACGUCCCAACAGAAUGGUGUAGCCGAACGCAAACAUCGGCAACUCCUAAACGUAGCUCGUACCCUCAUGUUACAUUUUCACAUGCCUGCCUAUUUUUGGGGUUGUUAAAAUAGAUGUAAUGGGGAACCGGGUCCAUUUCUGGAUCCGGUCCCAUGGGGCACGGGUACCGAGGCCGGCUCGGUACCCUAGGCGGCAUUCUUCUCUCCCUCCUAUAUAAUCUUCACUUAAGUGUAAUUGUGUGAUUAAGUGAAUAUAACUUUUCUCUCUCCUAGGGUUGCGGUGUGCACCUAGGUCAGAGCUUCCCGUGGUUUUU